CCAACACCCCCCGCCCCCCACCACACGCGCCCGCCCGCGCCCCGCACGCUAGCCCACGACCGAGCGGCGGCACCAGCAGCAGGCUGCAGGCUGCGGGCUGCGGCGACCGCACCGGCGCGCUCCUGGCCGCGCUCGCCAUCCCAGGUGACUAGGACUCGCCAGCUCGGCCGGCUCGGCGGGGCCCCAGCCCCAGCCCCCGCUCGCGCCCCCGGCCCGGGCCCGGCACCUCCCGGCCCUCGUGCCCUCCCCCGCCUCCCCGCCUCCUCCCCGGCCACCCCAGCUCGCGGGAAGGGAGGUCGCGGCAGCGGCCCGGCGGCACCGGCGAUCGUGGCGACAGCGGCGACAGUGGCGGCGGCGGCGGCGGCGGCGGCGGCGGCAGCGGCGGCGGCGGCAGCGGAGGCUGCGGCGGCGACCGUGGCAGAGGCGGUGGCGGAGGCCUCCGUGGCGGAGGCGGAAGCCGAGGUGGAGGCUGAGGUGGAGGCUGAGGCCUCAGUAGAGGAGGCGGCGGCCACCCUGGGGGAGGCGGCGGCCGCCCUGGCGGAGGAGGAGGCGGAGGCCGCCCGGGUGGCGGCGGCGGAGGCCAGCGCGGCCGAAGCCGCCGCCGCAGCAGCGGAGGCUGCGGCGCCCCCCCUGGGAGAGGCGGAUGCGGAUGCGGACGAGGAGGUGGCGGCGGCCGUGGCGGCGGCGGCUGCUGCGGCGGCGGCCGCUGUCGUGGAUGCAGAUGCGAAUGCCGAGCCGGGCGGGGGUCCCGAGGGGAACCCAGACUUUCCCAUGGCCUCGCUGUACGUGGGCGACCUGCACCCCGAAGUGACUGAGGCAAUGCUCUACGAGAAGUUCAGCCCAGCCGGGCCCAUCCUCUCCAUCCGCAUCUGCAGGGACAAGAUCACCCGCCGCUCCCUGGGCUACGCAUAUGUCAACUACCAGCAACCGGUGGACGCAAAGCGGGCCCUCGAGACCCUGAAUUUCGAUGUGAUCAAGGGCAGGCCGGUUCGCAUCAUGUGGUCCCAGAGGGACCCCUCGCUCCGCAAAAGCGGGGUGGGCAACGUCUUCAUCAAGAACCUGGGCAAGACCAUCGACAACAAGGCGCUGUACAACAUUUUCUCAGCCUUUGGCAACAUCCUGUCCUGCAAAGUGGCCUGCGACGAAAAGGGGCCCAAGGGCUAUGGGUUCGUGCACUUCCAGAAGCAGGAGUCAGCCGAGAGGGCCAUAGAUGCGAUGAAUGGCAUGUUCCUCAAUUACCGCAAAAUCUUCGUGGGCAGAUUCAAGUCCCAUAAGGAGCGAGAGGCUGAAAGGGGAGCCUGGGCCAGGCAGUCUACCAGUGCUGACGUCAAGGAUUUCGAGGAAGACACCGACGAGGAGGCCACCUUGCGAUGAACACAUCCAGGAGCAUCCAGCCAGCAGAGCCAAAUCUUGGCUUCCACCCGGUUUACAGACCCCCGCACCUCCCCAGCCCCACCCCCCCCAGCCCAACCCACCAGCAG